AUGGGGAUGGUUGAAAAGAUCACGCAUGCGGCACGUAAAGUGAUUAGAAAUGGAGUAAAGAAACUGAAGAAAGGAACGAAGUUUAUUGUUAGAGGCCGGAAAGGAGGGAUCAGUGAGUUCAGUGAUUAUGGAGAGGAUGAGGAUUGUGAAAGCAAAUUUGAGCAGCAUGAAGACAGAGUCAAUCAUGAAAUGGUACAUCAGGAUAUAGCUGUGAACUAUGAAAUGAUUAAUGCCAGAAGCUUUAACAGGCCUGUGUUUAUAGAGAUGGGACAAGAAGCUACUGGGGCUGAGCUUGGAUUGAAAAAGAUGGGGAAUGAAGUGCUGUUUCUGUAUGACAUUGAUGAUACGCUGUACCAUAGAUCGAAUGGGCUCCUUGAGAAGGAAAGAAUGUUUCUGAAGCAGAAGUAUAUUUCUUUGAAUGAAGGAGCAACACAUGAUAUGUUUGAGAAGCAUAUGAUGAUGUCUUAUCUUUACUCGCACAUGUUUAAUGAAUACGGAGGCAUUUCUCUUGAGGAGUAUUGGGUGCUGCUUGCUGAGUUUGACUAUCUUCAGUAUGUUUCCCCGGAUCCAAGCCUAAGGAGUUUUUUGUUGUCUAUGAACAGUGUAAGGAGAUGCUGCUUUACGAAUGGGCCAAGAGACAGAGCGGAGAGCAUUCUUACGAAGAUGGGCCUGCUUGAUUGCUUUGAAGCAGUGAUAUGCAUAGGGAAGUAUGACACUACGUUCUGCUGUAAACCAAGAGAUGUAUCUUAUGAAUUUGUCACACGUGUGCUGGGUGUUGAUACACCUGAGAAUGUUCAUUUGUUUGAUGAUUCGGAAAGCAAUGUGGCUAAAGCCAGAGAGAUGGGAUGGAAAGGUUGGCACAUUACUGGCGAUGAUCACAUCAUAGAUGUUUCUUUGAAUGCUCUUCGCGCCGUGCACACAGCCAGAAAUUCUCUGAUGGACCUACAGAGCAUAGAAGACUUGUGCAAGCUUUAUUCAUCUUCAUCAACGCAUAAAUUUGAUAUCAGUUAA